GACGUUCAUACCAGCCUACACACCACAACGCUCUGCGUGCCCUUUCGGAACGCCCAAGUCUCCUCUUUCAACACGCUGAGGACCAGAGGCAUUUCUGUCACGACCGUUUUCUGACUCACGAAACGAUUCACGAAAUCUUGAAGCUUAAAGGAUGGGCGGAGCAGGAUGGUUGUUCUUGUUCGCAGUCCUCAUGGCUGCAGGACUGUUGUUCUGCAUGGUGUUCUUUAUCAUCAUGUUCUCGGAUUUGGAGUGCGACUAUAUCAACCCGAUUGACCUGUGCAAUAAGCUGAACCAAUUCGUCAUCCCUGAACAUGCCGCCCAUGCCUUCCUCACACUCCUCUUCCUCCUUUCCGGCCAAUGGAUGGCGUUCAUCCUCAACGCACCGCUAGUCGCUUGGAAUGCCAAUAAAAUAUUCAACAAAGUGCAUAUGUACGACGCGACUGAAAUUUUCCGGACGCUAGGAGGGCACAAAAAGGAGACGUUCAUCAAGCUUGGGUUUUACCUCCUCUCCUUCUUCUACUAUCUCUACCGAAUGAUCGUCGCCCUCAUCGCAGAGAGUGAAUAGAUGACCAAACCUCUAAUGUUAUUAUGAGGUGAUGUGCCUUUGUACAACCUUGUGUGCAACUUUUUGCUCGCUUCAAUCCGAUAGCAUUCUGUUCUCUU